CAUGCAUGCAUCCUUGCACGUUCAAAGUUCUGCAUUCAAGGAUCCAAUUUCAGAGCGCAAGGAAGCCCGUCUUCUGCUGUCUCAGGAUUGCAUAUACCGGUAUGGUAUUAGGUGCUUCCUAUGGAUUAUAGGGUGCAGCGGUAGAGCUGUAAACUGUUUCGUUAUCAUCAUGGACCGGGUCAGCGCCUUUUAACAUAGCGCUCGCUUCCAAGGUUUGUGCAAGGGCUGCAUUCGCAGCAUGGCGGGCGUCAAGGUGAUACCGCUGUUGCUGUUUGCAAUUGGCGCAGGGUGCUUUGAAUCAUUACAGACAAACGCAGUGCUGCAGUUGGAGCCUGAUGUCCCUUUUCCGUACCCCCCAGAGCUCAACUACUCAACAGCCACGCCUGCAGACAUAGUGCGCACCUGCCAAACAUUGCUGGAACUGCAUGAGGUCUCUGGCGAGACCGUGCGUCACUGGCCUAAGAAACCCGACAACAUUCGCCCCUCCCCUGAAAACGAGCGCUCCUAUCGCUACCACUUCUACCGACCCUCACUGAUCAAGUACGGCGCGAGUCAGUGGCUUUGGGACGAUGGAGCUCACAUGAUUACAUGGUCGCAUCUCAAUCUGACUAACAGCAUCAUCGACCUGCGCACGAUGCUGCAGAUGCAGUUGCAGAACGGCAUGAUCCCUGAGGUGAUCAACUGGCUGUAUGAGCCCCAGCGUCUGGUUCAGCAGAACAUUAGCACCACUGAUGGCAUCACCGACUUUCUGGAGUACAGCUCUCCCUUCUACACCGACCUCACGCAGAUGCCUGUCCUCCCCUUCUCCCUACGGGCUAUGCAUGAGCAGAAGCCAGAGGAUCUUGAUCUCCUGCAAGAGUUUGUUCCCAGCCUAGUGAGAUACUUUGAUUGGUGGGCCGACACUAGGGACGUGGAUGGCAACGGCCUCGUGAGUAUCAUCCAUGGCUGGGAGUCAGGACUAGAUGCAAGCCCCAUCUAUGACAUCCCUUACAUUGGGGAGUCGUUGGUGAAUCGCAUCAGGAAGGAGCACCGCCAGAUCAGGCUCCUGGAGUUAUACCCACACUUCAUCAGCAUCCUUGCAGGGUACAAGUGGUGGUACCGCUGGGACCAGCAGCGCAUCAUCCGAAUGGAAAAGGGUCGCUUUGGCGCGCCCUACUUCCUGGUUCAAGACGUGGCCGUAAACUCAGUGUACGCAGCAGGCUGGGGCGUGCUCGCAGACCUUGCCUCAAAAUUCAACGGCACCCUGGCAGAGCACUGCCGCAAGCGGCAAGCCACAGCGCAGCAGGCCAUCGUGCAGCACAUGUGGGACCCCGAGCUCGGACGUUUUGUCUCCUUUUACAAAGAUGCGCAGAAGCGCACGCGUGCUCUCACAACCGAGGUCGUCCAGUCCCUGUUUCCCCUCCUCUUGGGCAACGCUUUGCCCCCGGAAAUGGCGGACAAGAUCAUUAGCGAGCAGCUCCUGAAUCCGGACAAGUUUUGGACGCCCUACCCGGUGCCGACAGUUGCCAAGUCCGAACCGGCGUAUGCGCCCGUCUUUCGAGAGCGGCUAAUGUGGCGUGGCCCCUCCUGGGGUUUCACGAACUGGUUUGUAAUGGAGGGGCUGAUGCAGUGCGGCCGAGAAGAUGUAGCACGGCAGCUGCUAGACCGAUGGGUUGCCGCAUACCAGAAGAGCGGGAUUUAUGAGCACUGGAACCCCGAGACCGCUGAACCGUACGGCUCGUUUGGCCUUGGUAUGUCGACGUUGAUUACUGACUGGCUCUUCAGGUUAGGCCUUGUUCACGGCCCGGACGAUUCGUUUCGGGAGGGUUUGACGUUGUUGACCAACGCUACGUAACAUUAUCUUGCAUUGCGAGUCUGCUUGGUUAUCGUUUAAAGGACGCACUCAGAGAGCACGCAGGUUUUGUGGCAGGUACCACGCACUUGAAGGUAAUGAAUGGAUUGAAGUUGUACAUCGUUGACUUCCUUCAUCUCGUGAUUGUAAUCAGGAUCGAGAAGCAGACACGGGCUUCAAUUCGUAAAUAUAACAAGCUUCGCCUGGCAACUACGUUGUCAAAUCGUCGUCUAAUGUAAAAAGCUGUCUUUCUUUCCAUGUUAAUUUGAGUGGUACUGCAGAUACGUACAGUACAGCACUUUUUGG